AUGGCCAUCCAGCAGCCUCUUCCCGCCGGGUACGAACACCCUGAGCAUCCUUCGCAUGAGCAGGCGCAACUUCAUCCCCACUCCGCCUCAAAUGUGUCACCCGGGCAGGGCGAAGCUCUCAAAAUCCACAAUCAAGCACGCGAAGCAGCCACCAAGCAGACCUCAGUCCACCGCCCAGAACUAAUCUGGGACUCGCACCUUGCCGCCGCAGCCGAAGAAUGGGCGCACUAUCUCGCCUCCAGAGACGCUGGUCUUCAGCACAGUACCGGCGCUGAGAGACCAGGUCAAGGAGAGAAUCUUUACUGGACGAGUGCCGGAGGCACGUUGGCGGAUGGGAGUCAGUGCUGGGUUAACGAGCGGAAGAUGUAUCAUGGGGAGAAGAUUGGCCAGGGGAACUUUGAGAGUUAUGGGCAUUACACGCAGGUGAUCUGGCCCUCAACAACUCACGUUGGGGUCGCAAUGGCCAAGACCAGAAACGGAGCCAAUUUUAUCGUCGGGCGUUACUCGGGCCCUGGCAACUAUACCGGAGUCAGCGCUUACACGGGACAUUGA